AUGAUGUCUGCAUUGGGUCUGUUACUCGGCUUUGUUGUUCUUCACGUUUUCGUUCUCGGGGCACGUUGUGACUUCCCCUUCAGGAACAUUUCUUUGUCAUGGGAGGAACGGGUGAACGAUUUAGUGGGCAGACUCACCCUGGAUGAGAUCGUUUCCCAGAUGGCGGAAACCCAGCCUGCCCCCGCCAUUGACCGGUUAGGGAUCAAAGCGCACGACUGGGCAACGGAGUGUUUGCGAGGAGACGCCGGUGCUGGAGCGGCCACAUCGUACCCACAGGCUCUGGGACUAGCUGCAACGUUCAGUCCCACUAUCAUAUUUCGUGUCGCCGAAGCUACAUCCGUAGAAGUGCGAGCCAAGUACAACAACAACACCAGAUAUAACGUACACGGCUAUCAUAAGGGCAUGAGCUGUUUUAGCCCCGUUAUCAACAUCAUGAGACAUCCUCUGUGGGGAAGAAAUCAGGAAACGUACGGGGAGGACCCAUUCAUGAACGGUCUGUACGCUCAGCAUUUCGUGGCCGGCUUACAAGGAGAUCACCAACGUUACGUCAGAGCCAGCGCGGGAUGUAAACACUUUGACGUCUAUGGCGGUCCGGAAGACUAUCCAGUACUCAGGUCAUCGUUUGACGCUCAGGUGGCGACCCGUGACUGGAGAAUGACGUUUCUCCCGGCAUUUCGCAUGUGUGUUGAAGCAGGAACGUACAGCUUAAUGUGUAGUUACAACAGGAUCAAUGGAGUUCCAGCGUGCGCAAACAAGAAGUUACUGACGGAUGUGCUGCGUGGUGAAUGGGGAUUCACGGGUUACGUCGUCAGUGACGAAAAUGCCGUAGAGAACAUCGUGAAGACUCACCAUUACCUGAAUACCAGCGUGCAGACAGUCGCGGCCUGCGUCAAUGCUGGAUGUAAUUUGGAACUCAAUAGCCAUCAGAGUACAGACUACUACAUGGAUAUGGCCCAGGCUGUUCAAGACGGAAGCCUCACAAUGGACACGGUCAUAGAGAGGGUGAAGCCUCUGUUCUACACCAGACUGAGGCAGGGAGAGUUUGACCCACCGGAAAUGAACCCUUAUAACAGGAUCAACCUGACGGUCAUUGAGAGUGAACCUCAUAUCGCCCUCUCCAGGGAGGCAGCCGUCAAGUCCUUCGUUCUUCUGAAGAACAACAACAACUUUUUACCGAUAAACACUCCGAGCCAAUAUGAAAAAGUUGCGAUUGUUGGACCGAUGUCAAAUAACGCUAGUCAGCUCUUCGGGGAUUAUGCCGCCAACAGUCCCCCUGGGUAUACAGUCACCCCGUACCAUGGCCUUAAUUCCAUCUGGCCUACCAUCAGUAUAGCAAGUGGCUGCUCGGCCACGGAGUGUACUGACUACAAGAGUGGUGAUGUGGAGAAGGUGGUCAACGGCUCCAACAUCGUUUUCGUUUGUCUUGGCACAGGCCAGUCACUUGAGUCUGAGGAUCUCGACCGUAAAAGCCUUGAUCUCGCGGGAUCUCAGUUACAGUUGCUGCAAGACGCCGUCGCGUAUGCUAAAGGCGCCCCGGUGGUUCUGCUCAUGUUUAACGCCGGACCUCUUGACAUCUCCUGGGCGGACCAGAACGAGGCCGUUAGCUCCAUCAUUGCUUGCUUCUUCCCGGCCCAGGAGACCGGAAAUGCUCUACAACAGGUUCUUCUGGGAGAGGAAAGUCCAGCUGGUAGACUUCCGUACACAUGGUACCGUUCGGCCAAUCAGACCCCUGAAAUAACAAAUUACACAAUGGCAGAGCGCACCUACCGUUACUUUACCGGAGACCCCCUGUACCCGUUCGGCUAUGGUCUAUCCUAUACCAACUUCACCUACACGGAUAUCACUACCGGCAGUUCAUCAAUACAGGCUGGUGAGCCUCAAACCGUGUCUGUAACCCUCCACAACUCCGGGGACGCCAUCAGUGAUGAGGUGGUCCAGGUGUACAUAUCAUGGGUAAGCCCGAGUACCACGAUGCCACAGUUACAACUGGUCGGCUAUGAUCGCCUGCGGCAGAUCAGCCCCGUCGUGACGUCACUGACAGUCAAAUUUGUGAUUGAUCCCCACCAGAUGGCGCAAUGGGAUGACUCGACAGAACAGUUUUUCAUUGAGCCAGGAGAGGUUCGUGUGUACGCCGGAGGUCAGCAGCCGAACCAGAAGAGGACCGUCAACUCCAAUGUCUUACAGGGAAGCUUCCAGAUCACAGGGCAGAAGUUUUUGGGUAGAUUCUAG